CGCAAGAAAAAAGAUAUUCAAAAUCCAAAUUUUUGGUUACCCGCUAGUUACUCCCUCUUCUCCUCAUCUCCAUCGCUCGCCCUAAAUACCCCAAAUUUUGUACUUAAUUUUUUUCCCUUUUAAUCUGCUGAAAACUUGGGGAUUUUGGCCAUUCCAUUGCUUUCUUUCUGAUUCAAUCUUCAAUAAGUUCCCAAUAUGGCUGGGAAAUUAACUACAGUGCUUUCAAGGUGAACAAAUUGGCCCAGGCCUAGGCCUAGGAGUUGUUAGAGAGAGUUACUCUUUUUAAGUUUUUGAAGAAAAGAAUGAGGAUGUGUCGGUGGCUUUACUGUUCGUGUCAGGUCGAGGAGAAUUACCAAUCGCUGGUUCUAGGGCAAGUUCGGAAGUUGGAGCAGAAGCCCCAAGAGAAAGAUGAUAAGAUGAGAGAAGCUCGGAAUGAGAAAGUUGAAAACGAAGAGAGUGGACCCGAUAAGAAUGUUGACAGCGAAAUAGAACCCAUGAAAGCAUCAGAUGUUGAAAAACAGGGGCAAGCUGGUGAAUCUCCAUCAGAUCAGGUUAAAUAUAAAAAUGAAAAAGAUGAGCAUGAAAGUUCUGAAGGAUUGUCAAGAGAAGAACUUGGUCGCCUCGUUGAAUCACGCUGGACGGGGAAAAAGAGUGGGGAACAAGAUCUUAAAAACUCAUCAGAUAUAGCAACUCCAAGCGGUAAAUCUUGGUUGGAUAAGAUACAGGAAACUGCUCAGAAUUUCCUUCAGUCUGUUAACUUGUUUUCAAUCCCUGUCGCUAAUCUAGUUCAUUGGCAGGGAAGAGGAAAGCAAAGUUUUAUAAAUACUGGAGCAAUGCAAUUUAGCUUUGGCAGUAUCAUCUAUAUCUUACAUCCCCCAACCGUUGAAGCUCACUGAAUUGAUAUGCACACAAGAUUGGCUGCAGAUGCAAUCAGAUGGUUUGAUCGGAUGUGUAUGCUGGCUUUCAUCAACUACUUUCGAAGGCCUUACUAGGAAUUGAAAUGGUGUGCAAAGAGAUUGCUUCUUCUGAUCUGAUUUUUCAAUAUAAAUACUGGACAAAGUAUGGAUAUUUCUUGUCAGUUGCAUUUACUGUUGUUAGUAAAAUAGGAUUCUCUUCUUAGGAUCUUAGUUUCUUCACUUGUAUUAGACUCAACAAUGGCUUGCAUUGCAUUGCAUUGGUGUUGAUUUUAUAAUUUAUAAUUUAUAUUAAUUAUUUACGUUUUCUCA